UUUACGACACGUGCUACUUUACGGCCGUAUUGGAGGCUGAUUCAAAAUGGAGUCAACCUGUGGAAACGUAACAGACUAAAUGCAUAUUAAUUGUACAUUAACCUCGGUUCUGUGGAGUUGCGUUUAAACGGUUCGCGUAGACACCAAAAAUACGUAGCUCUACAUGAUGACUGACGAUAAGAAGACUGGCUCAUUGGGUUUCUUUUCAAGCUACGACGAUUUGAGCGACAGCAGCGACUCAGACGAAGAGGCUAAGGACGACCGGGGAGAACCGAGCCAGAAGGAGGGGAGAGACGCCGAGGGAAGUAAAUCAAUUUCUUCCCAGCAAGAGAGCAAACCAGCUACCGGUGGAAGUCUUCUACCAAAGCCAGAGGAGCUGUUCAAGUCUGUGUCUAAACCAGCUUUUCUCUACAAUCCUCUGAAUAAGGAAAUAGACUGGGAUAGUCUUACAGUAAAGGCUCCCGAAGAGGCUCCAAAGGAGUUUAAGCCAUGGGUCACAAAUGCUGUGCCCCCUCCCCAAAGUUAUACAGCAGAGCCUGAGAAGAAGAAGGGGCCUCCUCCAGGCUUGGACAUGGCGAUAAAGUGGUCCAAUGUGUAUGAGGACAAUGGUGAAGAUGCACCAAAGGCUAACACAGGCAAAGCCCAGUUCCUUCCGCCUGAGGAGCAACAUAAUGAUUCAGAUGAGGAGUCUAAGGGGGCUCCUGGGUCAGCCAAGAAACGACGAGUGGAGACCUUUCAACAGAAGGAGAAGAGGAAGAGGGAUUUGGGACAAGCCACUUCUGACAAGAAUUUCGUAGAAGAGGAGAAAAGGAUCCUGAGACAGAAGGUUGAGUGACAUCCAAUGUGGCUACAAAAUGGAAUCACUGUCAUAUGUGAAUAUUUUACAUCAGGAAAGAGCAUUAGCACAACCUGCUCAGGUGGCUCGCUGUUCUUGGUCGAGAUUGGACUUGGAUUGACUGUUUUGGUUCCUUUUUACAUUUGCGUAUUAUUAUUUUCACAAUACAAUAUUGCUCUUUUGACUUAAUGACCAAAUUCAAAACAAACAUAAUUCUGGUCUGUUUGAAUUCAUUCUACACAGUGAGGCACCGUUUGUCCAUUGUUUUUAUUUGUCAUGUGCUUUACUCAAUUUUUGGUAAUUAUGUUGUGUUGUUAUGGUAACAUCUCAGCCGCUUGACCGGUUCACUCUGCUUUUUGGCACCAGAUGGCGCCGUUAUGCUACUCAAAAAUCCACUGCCAAGUUUUGACACUGCCAUGCUGUCAGACACAAGUCUGGUCUUUCAUCAAUGUUUUCUCUGAAAGGUAAUGGUCAUCAUAGGUUGUCUCAUCUUGGAUAUUUUACAUCUGUCAUACUGUUUGAUCAAUGUUUUCUUUUCAUUUGCACAUUUCACACAUCCGGGGUGGAAGUAAUUCAUAUAGUUGACCUUCCUUGCAAAAGUGCAAAAAUGCAAAAGAAAACUGGAUUUUUGUCUCUCAAGAAAUGGCUGAUCGUCAUUAAACCAAAUGUAUUUUACAGCCCUAAUCUGUCAUCUCAUUGGUUGAUAUUUCAUCUUUGAACAUUCACACCACCUCACAAAUAUGUCUUACUGAAUCCAAGUCUGCCCACAUGUUCCUUCUUUUAAUAUUAUGGAAGCACCGAAGCCUGCAUUUGACUGCCGAACAGUCCAGGAUAUACCCUGCCUAUCAUCCAAAGUCAGCUGGGAUAGGCUCCAGCAUACCCCUGUGACCCUAGUGAGGACAAGCAGCAUUGAAGAUGGAUGGAAGCACUGAAGCAAUUCUAAUGAAUUUUCAAACACAGGAAAAAAAAAAGUCUCCGCUUAGGUACAGUUUGGUGAUCACAGGAAUUCUUUGAGCCUAUCUGUCAUCAUGGGUAGACAUGAAAUAGCAGUAAAAAUGCUUCUGAUAAGAUUCCAGCUUCCAGGUAUGUGCCUGGCCUUGUCUGUAAUGCGUACCCGCAGACUGAUUGUAUCAACCAUAUUCAGCCUGAAAUGACCAGAAAGGUCACAGCCAUUACCGUUGAAGAAGUGCUAAUCACACAGACAACUAGCUGGGAAGCAUCUCGGCUCUUUACUGGAAUUACAUUGAAAGCAUUCCUAUAGUAUUCCUAGUAUUCCUACACCUUAAUCAUGCAGCAUUAUCAUCAUUAACAAACCACUUCUCAUUUUAUCGUACAUUCUCACCCAAACAUUUCUGUGCAUUGAAAACCUGUGCAUUGAAGUCUGUGCAUUGAAAACCUAAAAACCACAAUAAAGGUAAAGACCUUUAUUAUGGUUCCACCUGCAUUAAAGGAUUGUAGGACUAUACUGCAUCAUACUGAGAAAUGUAUUUUUCUGGUCCCUCUCAACCACAAUAGCAAAA